AAACACUGCCCACCAGCUUUUUCUUGCCCCCACUUUAUAAUAAAGCAAAAAAGCAAAGAAUAAAAAAGGCUAAUAAAUAAAUGAAAGAAAAGGGAAAGAGAAGGAAACAUAUGCAAAGCUCUCUAACCCCACAUCCUCUAUAAAAAUUCUUUGAGGAAAUGGACUCAAAGUUUCUUCAGCCUCAUAUGAGAAAGUAAACAGGACUUUGAAACCUUUAGAUAAUAAGCUCUUGUAAGGUUGCAUAAACAAGGAAAGGAAAUAGUAUGACAAAGUGAAAAGAAAAUAAAGAAAGAAAGAAAGUGAAGGGAAAGAAAGAAAAUUUUAUCUUUAUAUGCUUCUUUUUUGAAGGCAAGAAUGAAGAUUAUUGGGCAAGAGUGAAAGAGUGCUCAUCUUCUUCCUCAGUGCAAAGCUAAUGAUGGCAGGAAACCCUAGUAGGUGGAGCAUGCAUCCACCAUCACAACAGACUUCUGCUGCUUUCUUUCCUUCUCAAUAUGUGUUUGGAUCUUCUUCUUCUUCUUCUUCACUUCCUUUCAAUUCUUUGCCUGAUAAUCAAGAACUUCCUCAAUCAUGGAGCCAACUACUUUUGGGUGGUUUGACUGGAGAUCAAGAAGAAGACAGAUAUGGAGUUGGAGUGGGUCAUUUUAAGCCAAAGAAGUUAGAAAAUUGGGAAGACCAAAUCUUGAAUCCAUCAUAUUCAAGAAUUCCUCAGGUAGUUGCUGAUGUAAAGCAAGAAGUUGCACAUAAUAGCAAUUUGUACGGUCAUGGAGAUGAUGAAUUUCAUCAUCAUCAACUUACUACUACUACUACUACUACUGCUACUUGCUGGUCGCAACAACAAGUCAUGCCUGUCUCUUCCCCUAGGUCUUGUGUUACAACUCUUAGUAGCAAUAUUCUUGACUUCUCUUAUAAUAAACCACCAGAUAUCAGAAAUCAACAUCCAGAUCAAUCAUCCGAGUGUAAUAGCACUGCCACCGGUGGGGUAUGUAAGAAGCCUAGGGUUCAGCCAUCUUCAAGUCAGCCACCUCUAAAGGUAAGGAAGGAGAAGUUGGGCGACAGAAUCACAGCCCUUCACCAGCUAGUUUCCCCAUUUGGAAAGACUGACACAGCUUCUGUCUUGUUAGAAGCUAUUGGAUAUAUCAGAUUCCUUCAAGGUCAAAUUGAGGCCCUUAGCUCUCCUUACUUGACCACUGCAUCAUCAAACAUUAGAAAUCAACAUUCUGUUCAAGGAGAAAGGAACUGUGUAUUUCCUGAAGACCCAGGUCAGCUCUUGAAUGACAUCUGCCUGAAAAGAAAAGGAGGUCCUAACCAGCAGGAUAAUAGCCAAGACAAGCCAAAAGACUUGAAGAGUAGAGGGUUGUGCUUAGUUCCUGUAUCUUGCACUCAACAUGUUGGAAGUGACAAUGGUGCUGAUUAUUGGGCUCCGGCAAUCGGGGGCGGGUUUUGAUCGACGGUGGCAUUUUUCAUUUUGGAGAAAAUAAUUUGAUUGAAUGAUAUAACAUCAUGAGCAGUCACUCUGCAAAACAAUCCAAAGGCUGAUUGCUCAUGAUGCUAUGCAUUCUAAAAGAUACUACUGGAAGUGCCCAAGCUAUUGCUCCUGCAUCUGCAUGUACCCUCUAAUUAAUUAACUUAAUUAAGAUAAUUAAUGAUCUUUGUACGUCUGUUUAUGUUUUUCUCUAUGUUAUAGAGCUUCAUUUCAUAUAAUGAAGCUUCUCGAUUAAGUUUUUCUUUUUUCGGUUGAUUUCAAGAUGCUUAUUUAGGGAUGACAUUCUUUCUUCUCAAUAUUAUAUCAAAGGAAAGAAAUGCCAUUCUUUUUAGUCUUA